AUGUAUCGGGCUGAAUCCGCGGUUGGACAAUGCAAGCCUGUCGAGAGAUCAGUAUCUGGCAAAGCUCUCAAGGGUCACACAUUUAAAGAUUAUGAAGUAAAAGCGCCUUUUGAAUGUCAAAACAUCUGUGAAAACGACCCCAGAUGUGUAAGUUACAACUAUCUCAUUCCCACAAGAGUCUGCGAACUGAACAGCAAAACCAAAGAAGACAAACCUGACGAUUUUGUUACAGAUGAACAAAGAUUCUAUAUGAAACGUGAAGGUAUUAUAAAUUCUUUAUUUUACCCCGUAAUUAUUUUGAAAGCAAUUACAGGCAGAAUGUAAGAAACUAAAGAGUCAAAUGUUUGAGAGAGUUAAAAGAAGGCCUUUCCUUUUUACUAAGAAUGGCCAUUGGUUUCACAAGGCAUAACAACCAACAAUAGCAAUCAUACUAUGAGAUAGUAAAUGGAGGCUUUAUGUGAAAGCAAAUCAAUUCAGAGCAAUGGGUACAAAAUAAAGUCCAUUUUUUCGAGUUCCACAAACUCUCAUUUUCAAAACGAGCCUACAGUAAGCGCAAAACCUUUCUUAAUGAGUUUUAAUGCAUGAGAAUAGAAAGUUAUUUUCAUAUCAAUGGCGUUGCUCUGAGUCUUACCUUGAAUUUGAGGCUAGGAACAACUCGGAUAUAGACCAUUUAUUUUUAAAAACCAUGGCAGAAGUACUAAUUUGAGAAGAAAAAAAAUGGGUGGAACCUGUUCAUUACAACCAGCAACUGACGUAAGAUACUGGUAACUCUCCAGUUUAUUAAAGCUGGAGGAUCAGCCCGCCGGUUUCUAUGGAGCUUCGGUGAAAAAACGUAUCCUUGAAAUUCAAUUGGACUCUUUCUUAUAACUUAAAGUAUCUAUUGUUUACCUUUAAUAGCUCCAGCAGCAACAACAACAACUGCUCUAGCUGUUCCAGUAACGACAGCACUUGUUCCAAUAACAACAACAACGACAACAACUGCAACUACAACAACAACAACAACAACUUCUUCAACUGCAGCAACAACGACAACAACAACAGCAGCAACAACAACCACAGCUCAAGAUGAUCCAACUGUAACAACAACAACAUCAGCUGCUCCAACAACGAAUUCCUACAACUUUGAGGUAUAAAGCCAAAACGUUACGAUUUUUCUCCAUACUCCUCUUGCUAUUCAUGCCCACAUUUAAGUCAUAAGUCAUUUUUAAUGAUGCGUUCCUAGUGUUCUUCAUAGACUCUAAGUUUUUCUAUUAAUCAACACUUACACUGGCCUUCAGUUUAACUAAAAAAUUAAGUGUUUAUAGUGUUUUACUGUAAUUUAAUUUUCUUUUUCUUUUUCACAAAGGAGUCUUGGAACUUUACAACCCCAGAAUACCCAGACCACUGGACUCUUAUCGCCAGAUUUUCCAACAAAGACCAGAAGAACUGGAUGCGAGACGAUGGACUCUGGUGGUAUAACCAAGAUUAUCCUAUAGGUAGUAGGUCUGAUCCGUCGGUCAAUGCUGACAUGAUCGCACCAGCCUUCUGGUAUCUCAGAGGUAACGAGUUUAAGAUCACGCGCAGUGAUGACUCCAGUCAUACGCCCCUGUUGCAGACCACAGGGAACUGUCUGGGUGGAAAAACAUUUCGAUCCAAACUCACAAGUUAUGGCAACUUUAGAAAUGGCAAGGUUUGGUCCAACGACACCUGCCUGGGAAGUUGUUUUGUUCAAUAUGGUGGUCAGUACAAUUCAACAGACGGGUUUCAACAGGCUGGGUGCAGUGGCGAGCUGCAACCCAACAACAAGAUCGGCUUCUGGUGUCAAUGGAGUAGAGGCGAUGGAUCAGUGAUGAUGAUUGGUGGAGGAGGAAGUGACUGUUCACGUGCUGAUCACGGGAUUGGUAUUACAGAGGCUAACGAGGCUUCUUUCGUUGAAAAUGACAGCGAUCCGACUGAAUAUGAUUUUGGAUACGACGCUCAGGCAGAAGAUACUCCAUCCCUGAGCUAUGCAUUAAACCUGUGGGUCCGUUGGUCCUAUUGA